AAUAUUCUCGGCUAUUUGUCUAGGGUAAGAGCGGAGAGAGGAAUGCUUGAUGCGGCAAAGCGGUUGGAAUCGGGUUUGGAGGUCCGUGAAAUCUCGGCCUAGAGGUCGCGCGGCACUGGAAUCGCGGCGGCGGAGCUCGGAUCUCUCGCUCCAGGGGUUAGGGCACUAGAAGAAGCAGGCAUGGCAGCUGAGGUCUUUGUGAGGAAAAAGACGCGGUGAGGAAGCUGGAUCGAACGGCCGCCAGCAUUUUUCGCCCGCUGCGCUGCGAUCCAUGGCAUCGGUAGAUCCUAGUGAAUCCAAGGCUGUCGUCGUCGGGCUUGAAAGGAAGGGUCUCAAAAGAAAGCUGGCUGAGACGUCUUUGGCUCAGGAGCCGCAAGAUGGUCCUGGAACUAGACUCUUGUCCGACGCCGAGGUUUUGCUCGAGACGCUCAAUACGAGCACGACGUGGAGGGAGAACGAUCGCUUCGCAGCUCGUCAGGCGGCCCAUGCUCUAGCAGAGCUUGCAAAACACGAGGAUCACGUCGAUCUUAUAGUCGACAAAGGAGUGGUGCAAGCUCUCGUUCCAUUUCUAUCUGCGCCAGUCUUAGAAGAAGGAGAAGGACCGAUUGCAUACGAGCAUGAGGUUGAGAAGGACGCGGCUUUUGCGUUGGGUCUUCUUGCAGUUCGGCCGGAGCACCAGCGGCUAAUUGCCGAUGCCGGUGCAUUGCCUUCUCUGGUUUCUCUUCUAAAACGUCGAGUAACUGGCCAGAAUGCACGGGUUGUGAAUGGUCUCGUCCGGAGAGCCGCUGAUGCCAUCACUAACCUUGCGCACGAAAAUGGAAGCAUAAAAACCAGAGUGAGGGCGGAAGGUGGCAUACCACCCUUGGUAGAGCUUUUAGAAUCAAACGAUCCGAAAGUGCAGCGGGCGGUGGCUGGUGCUUUGCGGACGCUGGCUUUCAAAAACGAAGCUAACAAAAACCAGAUUGUCGAAUACAAUGCGUUACCAACUCUAAUUUUUAUGCUGCGGUCUGAGGACGUAGGGAUCCAUUAUGAAGCGGUUGGCGUCAUCGGGAACCUUGUUCACUCAUCUUCAAAUAUUAAAAAGGAGGUGCUUGCCGCUGGAGCCUUGCAACCGGUAAUUGGGCUUUUGAGUUCAAGGUGCCAAGAAAGCCAGCGUGAGGCCGCGCUACUACUAGGCCAAUUUGCUACAGCUGAUCCUGACUGUAAAGUGCACAUAGUGCAACGGGGGGCUGUGCGACCUUUGAUAAGGAUGCUCGAGGCUGCUGACCCCCAACUUAGGGAGAUGGCUGGCUUCGCUCUUGGACGUCUUGCACAGAAUACACACAAUCAAGCAGGAAUUGUGCAUGAUGGUGGUUUAAGACCGUUACUAGAUCUGCUUGAUUCUAAGAACGGAUCAUUGCAGCACAAUGCUGCUUUUGCGUUGUAUGGUCUGGCAGAUAACGAGGAUAACGUUUCUGAUAUUGUGAAAGAAGGUGGUGUGCAAAGUCUACAAGACGGUGAGCUUAUUGUACAGGCAUCAAAAGAAUGUGUGGCGAAGACUCUCAAAAGACUCGAAGAAAAGCUUCAUGGAAGAGUGUUGAAGCAUUUGUUGUACCUGAUGCGUCAGCCUGAUAAACUAGUUCAAAAGAGAGUGGCCUUGACCUUAGCACAUCUUUGCACUCCGGAAGACCAAAGAUUAAUCUUUCAUGAAAAUAACGGUAACGUAAUCACUGUUCGAAUUGUGGCUCAGCUUUUCUAUGCUGCAGGAAUGAACAUCCUUCUAGAGAUGUUGGGGAGUUUUUCUAGUCCCAAGCAGCAACGCGACGGAGCUCUGGCACUGACUACCCUCGCCAAGAAGGCAACGGGGCUUUCUCCAGUCGAUAGUGCCCCCGCGCCGGAAACUCCACAGGUAUAUCUUGGUGGAAAAUAUGUGAACAAUAGCACGUUAUCGGACGUUACAUUCCUCGUUGAAGGAAGGCGCUUUUAUGCCCAUAGGAUAGCACUAUUAGCAUCGUCUGACGCUUUCAGAGCGAUGUUUGAUGGUGGCUACAAGGAAAAGGAGGCCAAGGAUAUUGAAAUUCCCAACAUAAGCUGGAAGGUGUUUGAGAUGAUGAUGAGGUUCAUUUACGAGGGACAGGCGGAAAUUGGCUCCGACAUCGCCCAGGAUCUUCUUCGAGCUGCCGACCAGUACUUGUUGGAGAACCUGAAACAAAAGUGCGAGGAAUCAAUCGCCCAGGACUUGACCGUCGAGAACGUUGCCAACGUUUUUGAGCUCGGCGAAGCCUUCCACGCCGUCUCGUUGCGCCACACAUGCGUCCUCUUCAUUCUAGAACAGCACAGUCAGCUCUGCACUCUCCCUGGGUACCAAAACUUGAUCCGAAGGAUUACACCCGAGAUCCUGGAGUACAUGCACCGCAUUUUGAGGCCGAGGCCUACCACAUCGUAAGAAAGUGAGCUUUCAUCUCCUUUUUCUCCUUCGACAAGAAUUCAAAGAUGGAAAUGGUGGUGAUGGAAAUUCAGUGACAAACAACAACAACAACAAAGAGACAGGACUCUCGAAAGAAAGUGAGGAACAGAGAUUUACUCGGGAGUGGCGGUGGCGGUGGCGAUGGUGGUAGUGUUGGAAGACUGAUUACUUGCGGCAGCUGGGUUAACUGGAUCAUCGGCCCAAUGCUUGUCAAAAUCCAUGUCAUCCAGUGUGUUGAAAUGGAAUGCUCCAUCGAAGAA